UAUCACAUAUUAAUGGGAGUGCAUUUCGUAAUUCAACAAGAUAACAUCUAGGUUUCUAAAACAUGUUCUCUUUUCAAAAUAAAUUACGGUUUUUCUUUUCGUGUAAAAUUCCCAUAUUCCUAUUCAGUGAGGUUCAGUGAUUUAAAAAAAUAAAAAAAUAUUCAGGAAUGCCGCAUAAACAUUUCGUGCAUCGCAUAGAAGACAACAGAUUAGUGAUUUAUCCUUUACGCAGGCCCGAUGACGCGUUCGCAGUCCCAGCGUACUGGCCAGCCAUGGGAAACGCGGCGUUGGCUCCAGAAAAGGGGCAAGCCCCGGACCCCCAAACCUCACCGCGCUCCGAGGGCCUGGGCAAGCUGCACGCGACGUCUCACACUCAUACUCAAACCCAAACAACGGAGAAGAAAGAAAAGCGAUCAUGCAGCGUUAUCCUUAAAAUAAUCUACUUGGUGCUGGCUUUUAUUAAUAUCGUGAAGUCAAUAGCACUGAUCGCCGUAUCAGUGACCACGGCGAUCGCGAUAAAGAUCUUCACGGAUGAGCAGUCGGGGCGGAGGGUGGCGAUGAUCAUCAUUGCCAUAACAGCGGCCAUCACUCUGUCAAUAUCCAUUUACGCCAUUGUCGCUGUGCUGACGAAGAAGACCCAGCGACUUAUGAUAGCUUCAAUAGUGCUUCUCGUAUUAGCGAUAAUACAAGCUGUACUCAUGGGAAUCGCGACAGAAUUGACUGACGAAGACGAGGUCAAGCUAAGCCGUGCUCUAUCAGACUCCUUCCGAUUAGCCCGAGAGGAUUCCCCGAGACACGUCAAGCUUUGGAAUAAUAUACAGCAUGAUUUAUCUUGUUGCGGAGUGUACAGUGCAGAUGAUUACCGCAACCCGAACGUGCCGGAUUUCUUCGCCCCCGACGUCCCCAUAUCCUGCUGCGCUGGCUACCACCCCGACAGAUCCUCGCUCGUGCAGGAGAGAGAGAGAGAAUCCUGCAAGGCGAAGAAAGAGUACUUCGAUGUCGGAUGCAGAGAUCCAAUCAUAGAACUUUAUCGAGAUACGGCGAGGACUGUGCUUGGUGUGACUGUUGGAUUGAUUAUAUUUAUGGUGAGUCUCUCUUUAGUGGGUAUGAUCAUUUCAAGGAAAUGUAAACCGAUAGACGAAGAUCCUACUCCUCCGCCAGCAUCGAAGUCUAAAGCACCUCCCAAGCCGCCCAAAGUAUAACAAAAACGACACCUUUGAAGUGCCUCCGCUUGGAAUCCUGCUGAAAUAAGUAGGCGUUAAGCAAUUUUAUUUUCGAAAAUAAGUAUUUGGUACAAAACUUGUGUUUGUUUUCUAAACGAAAAUGGCAAGUUAUUUAAAAAAAAAAUAAGUUACUAGAUUUUGAUUAAAUAAAAUCUAGCUAUCCUAAAAUAAAAAUACAAUAAAUUUAAUCGGUAUGUAAGACUGAAUUAAAGGUUUUUAUAACUAAAUGUUAAGACUGAAAUAAAUAAUUUGGCUAAUAUAGGCAUUUCAAAGGUUUAUCUCAUCUGUAUUAUCUUAUCUGUGUAAGGACUAAAGCUUUGCAGAACUGGAUAUUUCUAAUUGAAUAGACUUACAUACAGAUACGGAUCUCAGAUGACAGAACAAAGAUGAUAGAUGACAAAAUAAUGACGAUGCGAUGUUUGUGUUGUUAUUUAAUAAAGUGAAGCAUAUAGUAGGAACCGUAAUUUCUACAUUAAGUAAACAACUAUGAGACGAA